AUUCUCUUUACAUCUCGAAAGCAAUCAAUUAAAUCCAAUGCUCUGACAAAAAAAAAAAAAGCCUCUAUCUGUGUGUCUGUAAAACGCUCAUCCAUUGGACGGCCUCCUCACCUGUCUACCUACUUACCUGCCCACCUGCGCGCACUCACUGCGCGUCACCGGAGUCCUCCACGAGCUGCUAGCCUUGUCAGCUCUGCCAACUUGACUGAUCUCUUAACAGACUGAGCUGAUCCACAAUGGCACAGCAGUCAUCUAAGAGCAAGCUUCACUCCGCUUGGAUCAUACAUCUGAUCGAAAACAGAAUAUCUGUGGACAGCUCAUCAACGUCUCUCCAUUUCUAUCCUGUACACACAGCCUGUCCACCCGUCUUUGAUCCAGUCCUGCCUUUUCUUCCCGCUCAAAGCUGAUCUUGCUGCAGGGAGGAGCGAUCCGGAGCGCAGUUGAGCGUCUGAGCUGAGCAUCACAUUCAGCCCGCAUUCAAGGAAACGGACAAGCACAGCACUUUUUAUUUUCUUCUUUUCUUCCAAUAAUAUCCCAGCCUCCGUACAGCAGCACACGUCUUUAAUAAGAAGAAACAUCGAUGUGGACCUCUAUUUGUCUUUGAGGAGCUGAGGAGUCUCUGCGUCUCCAGUGAAGAGGAGAAACCCCCCAAACUGCGUCCUGCGCCAACAACUGUAAAGACAUGGUCAUCAUCACACCGCAGCUGUGACUCCCUCAGCAGCAUCCUUUUGUAUUUGCAUCCAGAGUGAAUCACCAAGAGGACCAGUCAGACAUUACCAACGUUACCCAGCCAGCUGCUGCUAGUCUGCACACAGAGGAUGAUGAGAUGACGACACAUGCAACAUCACAGAUGAACAGCGAACAGUGAGUGUGAGAAAGUGUCAGAGGAUGCUCCUGAUCUGCGGGGCCCAGUGCUGAGGGAGGUCCACGGAGCCAACUGGUGCCCACCAUGUCUCACCACCACCAACACUACCAGCGAGGCCCCCACGGCCGCACCAUGAGCUCGGACGACAGGGGCUCCCCGCCAGUCAACAAGAGCUCCACGCCAGUUCACAAGAGCGCCUCCUCCUCUUCCUCUUCCCAGCGCGACAGCCGGCAGGAGGCAGACAGCUGGGAAAUCAUUGAGGGGCUGAAAAUCGGCCAGAGCAACGUCCAGAGGCCUGACAAACACGAGGGUUUCAUGUUGAAGAAGCGGAAAUGGCCCCUGAAAGGCUGGCACAAGCGUUUUUUUGUUCUGGACAAUGGUAUCCUGAAGUACUCCAAGUCCCCCAUUGAUAUCCAAAAAGGCAAGCUUCAUGGCAGCAUCGAUGUCGGCCUCUCCGUCAUGUCCAUCAAGAAGAGAGCCCGCCGCAUCGACCUGGACACUGAGGAGCACAUCUAUCACCUGAAGGUCAAAUCUCAAGACAUCUUUGAUGCCUGGGUGUCCAAGUUGCGUCAUCACCGGCUUUACCGACAGAACGAGAUUGUGCGAUCUCCCCGGGAGGCCACCAUGCGACCGUUUCCUCCCCCAGCUGCCAUGGAGUCCCCCCAACCUGCCUCCAGUGUGGUACGAGAAACCAAGCAGGCCAAGCCAAGUAGCCUGCCGUGGCAGCCGGUGGCCCCCAUCAGCAACAGCAGCCUGCCUGCCUCCUACAGCAAUGGCCAGAGCAAGGUGGUUGCUUGGCUGCAGGACUCAGAGGAGAUGGACAAGUGCGCAGAGGAGCUCGCACGAUGCCAGUCCAACCUGACCGAGCUGAGCCGGCUAUUGCAGAGUUUGGAGAUUCUACAGAGGACACAGUCAGCGCCCAACUUCACAGAUAUGCAGACCAAUUGUGUAGAAUUGUCAAAGAAAGAAAAGCGCUUGAACAGAAGAUGGAGAACAAAAAGUGUCGGCAAAGAUGCAAAAUUCCAGCUUCAGGUCCCUCUGUCUGCCAGCAUGUCUCCUGUCCGCCUCCACUCAUCCAACCCCAACCUGUGUGCCGAGCUGGUGGACUUUCAACCCCCUGUCUCCCGGCUGACAGACAAUGUCGAGUGUGCCACUGACUACAUUAAACUUCAGGAGGAAUUCUGCACCAUCGCCCAGAAAGUCCACUCUCUGCUGAAGUCUUCCUUCAACACGGUGGCCAUAGAGAAAGAAAAGAUCAAACAGAUUCUGUCUGACCAGGAGCAGUCGGACCAAUCAGCCCAGAUCAACUCUCUCAGGAAGUCUCUGUCACAGGCCGUGUCCCAAAAUGCAGAACUUCGCACUCGACUCAACCGCAUCCACUCUGAAUCUGUCCUGACUGAACAAGUUGUCAGUGUGAACAUCAUCUCCACGCCUGAUGAGGCUGGAGAACAGAUGGGGAUCCCUCUGACUCAGCAGGCCUCUAAUGAGAGCCGACUCUCCAUGUCAGAGUCCGUCUCUGAGUUCUUUGACGCCCAGGAAGUGCUUCUGUCGGCCAGCUCGUCGGAGAAUGAGGGCUCAGACGAUGAGUCAUAUGUCAGCGAUGUGAGCGAUAACAUUUCCGAGGACAACGCCAGCGUGACUGAUAACGUCUCCAGACAAAUGGCCAACGGAGACUUUGCUGGCAGUGCCUUCCGUAACGGGCGUCGCAGCUGCCUGCCGGCGCCGUGUCCCGACACCAGCAACAUCAACCUCUGGAACAUCUUGAGAAACAACAUCGGCAAGGACUUGUCCAAAGUGUCCAUGCCUGUGGAGCUCAACGAGCCCCUCAACACCCUGCAGCGUAUGUGUGAAGAGCUGGAGUACAGCGAGCUGCUGGACAAAGCUGCUGAGACCGAGGAUCCCUUUGAACGCAUGGCUCUCGUCGCUGCUUUUGCCGUCUCAGGCUACUCAUCCACUUACUACAGAGCAGGAAGUAAGCCAUUCAACCCGCUACUCGGAGAAAGUUAUGAAUGUAUUCGGGAAGACAAGGGCUUCUGUUUUUUCUCCGAACAGGUGAGCCACCACCCUCCCAUCUCUGCCUGCCACUGUGAGUCAAAGAAUUUCACCUUCUGGCAAGAUGUGAGAUGGAAAAACAAGUUCUGGGGAAAAUCGAUGGAGAUUUUACCGAUUGGGACCGUGAAUCUCAUGCUUCCCAGGUUUGGAGAUCACUAUGAAUGGAACAAAGUCACCACCUGUGUGCACAACAUCCUCAGCGGACGACGGUGGAUCGAACACUACGGGGAGAUCACCAUAAGAAACACAAAGAGUAGCGUUUGCCUCUGCAAACUUACAUUCGUCAAGGGAAACUACUGGAGUUCUAAUGUGAAUGAGGUUCAAGGAUUUGUGAUGGAUCAAGAAGGGAAAGUGAUUCACAGGCUUUUUGGAAAAUGGCAUGAGGGCCUUUACUGUGGUGUCCCACCUUCUGCCAAAUGCAUCUGGAGGCCAGGCUCCAUGCCCACAGACUAUGAGCUGUACUACGGCUUCACCAGGUUCGCCAUUGAACUGAACGAGCUUUGCCCCGAGUUGAAAGACGCUCUGCCCCGCACAGACGCCCGAUUCAGGCCCGAUCAAAGGCAUCUGGAGGAGGGGAACUUGGAGAUGGCAUCCUUAGACAAGCAGCGUAUUGAGGACCUGCAGAGAGUCAGAAGGAAGUGGAACGAGGAGAACAACAUCAAACUAGAGCCACGCUUCUUCAAGAAAGUGGUUGAUGCCAAUCACAGGGAGAGGUGGGUCUCCAACAACUCGUACUGGGAGCUCCGCAAAAAUCCCGGCUUCAUCAAUAUGGAAUCUACAGUGAACCUGUGGUAGCACACGGAUUGCCAUGUCCAUCAUUUUCGUCAUCGCAGACAAGACGGCCGUUACCUAUGCACAAUAAAGGUGUCAAGAGAAACAUGUUAACAAUGAAACAUCCAUGUGCAGUAAUACGAGCUACUGCAGAGCUGAGGGAUGAGGCCUGAUGCCCAGCGACCCUUUCGAGGUUCUGUGGCACUGCCACAUGGUCAUCCAUCCAUGGAAACAUCCUGUAGGAUCACCUUCAUUGUGCUUGUGGACGCUGGGUUGUCAGGGCAACAAUCGUACCACUCCUAUGUAGAUCUCUCCUCAGCUCCUUUGACUUUUGAGUAUGUCCUUGCCUUAAAAAGACACCCAUACAAGUCACACAAUUUAGCGCUUUGUCGUUGAAGCCAUUUGAUUUCUGACAGCAGUUUGGGUUAGACUAGUCUCUGAAAUAGACCUUUUGAUUACCUUACGAUACCUAUGUGCAUGUUUAGAGAGCAGAUUUCACUGGCAUAAAGCCGCAUUUACUAUAUCAUCAAUUAUUGUAGAAAAAAAGGUAUUUUUAUAAAAUAUCUUGGACUCGGAAUUUAGUGAAAUAGUAUUAUGUGAAUUGGCAGAUUUUUAUUUAUUUUUGCCUUUUAAUACUGUUGAAUCUGUGCGAUAGCAGUACUCUCUCUCGGGAAACAUACUCAUUUAAAAUUAAUCUCGACUGCAGCAGAGGAAGUGUGGCGACCAUAGAUGGAAUUUUUAAUGAAUAUUUUCAAACAGCGGCUCUCAAAGCUGAUCAUGGUGUGGAAGGAGAAGUAGGAAAUGUAAAUCCUAUUCCGGUAUUUGAGAUGCAGAAGAUGCCUACAACCUCUACAGAUGUUUUUUCUUUUUUUAAAACGGUCAACACAGAUCCGUCAUGGAGUCCAGUUUCUCCUCACUGUGGAGAUUCUGUGUAAAUAGACGGUCAAUCUCACCGACCCUGCCCUGCCCUGCCCCACUGUCUAAUUUUAAACAGAGUUACAUGAAACCAACUCCUCUGAAUCACAUGGUUACAUAAAUACACACAUAACUCCCUCCAUAUAGAGUAGCCACACCGUAUAUAAUGUACUCUCUCCAACAUCACUUAUCUGAAUCAAAAGUCUAAGAAAAGAUGGUGUAGUAGGUUGUACAGAUUGUAAAAGCCCUCAGAGACACUUGUGAUUCGGGGCUUUAUAAAUAGACUCGAGGAAAACAGUCACAUAUUUCCAGUACGAGGCUAAACACUCAUCCAGCUACACUAGUUGUGUAAUUAUUUUUUAAUUAUCAAAACGUAUUUAUUUUCUGUCAAAAAUUAAAUUUAAAUUGACAUCCUUGUUCUGACUAACAACCAAAAGCUUGACAUGAUAUGAAACAAAGAAAAGAAAAUAAUCAGCAGUUUGGUAUUUUUCUUGAUCGAUUACCUACAUUAUUAAUCAAUCAUCAAAACAGGAAUACAUUUUCCUUUUAGUUAAUAUAGUAAUAGUAGUUAGUUAAUUGUGUCAGCACUACCAUGACUCAUUCAGCCAAAAGAAUACAGUUAGUCCAAUAUGAAGCACCAGAGCCACCUACAGGUCGUCCCAUCAAAAUGCAGUUUACUGUAGGUCAAUAAUAUAAAUAUGUUAAAGCCAAACAAGUUUGUAAAGUAACAAUUAUACUGUACAAAAAUCUAAAUGUGAGUGAUUCCCCAGAGACUUUACUGCUAUGAUCUGGCAAUUUGUGUAUUUAAUGCAAAGCAGAUUAGCUUUAAUGUUUUAACUAGUGUCCCCCCUUUUUGUGUUACAGAGUAAGAAAAUAUAAUUGAAAUCAACCUCCAACUCACACACACACAAGUAGUGACACAUUAUCCACACAAUGUGUACGAGCAUAUUUAAGUUGAUUCCCCUCGAGGACACCGAAGGAAGAAAAAAGAGAAUAUAAAUAUGUAGAAUGAAAACUAUGUGAAGCAAAUCCAUCUUGUGUGCACUGUUCCUAUGGUACUGUAGAUUACAAAACCAAAAAGGUAGUACUGCUUUGCAUCCAUACCUUUUUUUUUUUUUUUUUUUUUUAAAUGUACUUAAUGUGCUUUUAAUUUUAUCCCCGAUCACAAACUAAAUGCUAGAACUCGUCAGCGUCAGUUUCACUUGCUGUGCCUUAAUGCAUUUAUUAAUGCCUCACAAACACACUACUGAUAAGAAUCUCCAUGCCAAGAAGGUAUGCCAUUAACAAACUCCGCACAUUACCCAGACUCCGCCUGCCUACAGAGGGUAAAUUAUACUGUUAGCAUUGAUUGUUUAGCUGAGGACAGAAUGUCUUUAAAAAAAAAGGGAGAUGUCUUUGACAUUAGAUGAGGAAAAAAAACUGUAAAAUGCUUGCAGAUGUUCUGCACUGCUCCGCUACUCCGACAUGUAACCAGUACAUUUUUGGUGAUCACUGUAAAUACAGCACAUUUUAGAAGAUGGGUCACUACUGCAAAAGCUGAUUCUUUUUUUCCUCCUACAUCAGUGAUAUUUUUUAAUCUGAAUCACAGCAGUGUGUUUGGAGGUAGGAGCAAAGCUUUGCGUAGAGUUUGGUAUCAUAGAGUCAGACUGUAGUGAAAAAAAUAAUCAUGAAAACCUCUUCAUGCUUUCUUCAUCCACUGUUGCACCUGCAUGUCUAGACAACUUAGCCUGCCAAUGAAUGUUGCAGAUGCCUUACAAAAAAAAGAAAAAGAAAAAAAGGUUUUGUUUUCUCAAUUGGACUCUCAUGUUUUUUGUUUUUGUUUAGGACUGACAUGUAUUACGAAGCCCUGUGUCAGCUCUGUUUCUUUCAGAUCUAUUUCCUGAUGGGUACCUUCUAAAGUGCAAUUUUAACAAAGUACAUAUCUUUCCAUGAACACUGUACACUGCUGCUACAUAGUGCUUGUUCUAAUAAAACUGGAAAACUCAACA